CGCUUCCCGAAUCCCACUCCGACUGUUCCACCCAACGUCAACCUCACAUCUCCGCUUUUGACUUUCCAUCUUCAUCCUCAUUCCCAGCUUCACUCAAUCCCACUAUCACGUCUCACCUAGACAAACAAAGGCCUUUGGAACUCCAACCCAUCCCAGUCAGUCACCACCGAACACACCAUUUCUAUUGGCAGCCACCAGAAUACCCAUCCACUCAAGACACAUAACCGAACAGACCAAGCAACCCUCACAACUCCCACCCCCAUCACGCACUCUCCCGCUUCCCCUCUCCCUACCAAAAAAUGUCCCACCGCAAAAACAAAGCAGUCGGCCUCGCAGCCUUUGACCGCUCCCGCCUCACCUCCGCACAAUACGCCACGCACGGCUCCGCCUUGCGCUCCUCGCAAGCCUCGGCUCUCGAGACCCAACUCUCCGUCUUCCGCUCCCUGCUACAACAAUUCGCCGCCACGCACGCCAAAGACAUCAAGUCCAACCCUACUUUCCGGGCACAGUUUGCGCGCAUGUGCGCGGCUAUCGGGGUGGAUCCGCUUCUGGCUAGUAGUGGACAUGGCGACAGCAAGGGGAAAGGGGAUAGUAUGUGGGCGCAGUUGCUGGGGCGGACGGUGAAUGACUUUUAUUUUGAGCUGGCGGUGAGGGUGGUGGAGGUCUGUGGGGAGACGAGAGGGGAGAACGGAGGGCUGAUUGAGGUGGGCAUGGUGAGGGAGAGGGUGGUGAAGGGACGGGUAGAGGGGAUGGGUGUCCAGGGGGUUACUGAAGAUGAUAUUCUUCGCGCCGUAGGGACACUCAAGCCUCUUGGGUCGGCUUAUUCGGUUAUCAAGGUUGGGAGCAAGCAGUAUAUUCGCUCUGUGCCCAAGGAACUAAAUACGGAUCAGAGCGCCGUGCUAGAAGCAGCCCAGGUGUUGGGAUACGUCAGCGUGUCAAUGUUGAUGGAUAACCUGCGAUGGACGAGAGCACGAGCGCAAACGGCGUUGGAGGAUCUUGUGGGCGAGGGUAUGCUUUGGGUUGACAAGCAGGGUAUUGAAUGGGAGUAUUGGAGCCCUGGGUUUAUGCUCGAAGGUGAUCUUCCAUUAGAUGGGUUUGACUGAGCGGCGGCGGUGUGAAGACAACAUCGGCAUGAGAUUAGCCAGAACGUCGCUAUGGGUUCUCCCGAUAGGCACGCACUGAAUUGCUUGUCCCAAAAUAGCAGUGUCUUCACGUGCAUCAGCGAUGACCGGGCACUGUCGCGCGCCGUGGUAAUUGGGGAAGCACCCAAAUUCAUCGCAUUCUCCGGAACGCCCCAACCAUGUCUCGCAGCCCGUGCCGACUGUCAGGUGGAGGGAAUGGAAGGAAAAGCACAAAAAGCAGCCAGUGGCAAAAUAGGCACUUCACAUCUCGCAUGUCCAUCAGACAUCAGACAAUCCUGGGCGUCAGCUGGAAAGCCUUAGGCGAAGGUUCGGAUGCUGGAGGAAGGUGCUAUCAUGAGAUACGUACGAGCCUGGCUGGACUAUGAUGUGACUAGGCUCAAUUGGAGUUGUGGAGUCUGAUCCAAGUGCUAAAACAGAUUUCAUUUUCCGCUGAAGCGAGAAGAGCGGGUGUACCUGUAUCAAGGGUAACGUCUUUUCAUCAUUCCAUCCCCCUUCCCAAUUACCGAGAACUAGAACAUGUAGUCUAGGGACCGAGAAUGGAGAUCAGAGCAGGAGUUCAC